AUGAGCCAGCAGGUCUUUGCCCUGAGAAGCCAGAGCAGAGGAUUCAGCAGUGGCUCAGCCAUCCUGCCAGGGAUGUACCAGAGAGGGGCAGGAAGCUCCUUGCUGGUUUGUAAGAGUGGUGGUCGCUGCCAAGGCUAUGCUGGACCUGGAGGUUUCAGUAGCCAGAGUCUUGUUAGCCUCGGGGGGAGCAAGAGCAUCUCUGCCAGCGUAGCUGGAGGCCUGGGCCAUGAUGGCAGGCUGGGGAGUCAUGGGGGUGGACAUUUCAGGGGGGGCAGCCUUGCCAGUGUGGGCUUUGGCCUUGGAGUUGGUCUUGGGGGCUUUGGGCUGGGCCCUGCUGUCUGCCCUGGGGGUGUCCAGAAAGUUGUAAUGAACCAAAGUUUGUUCGAGCCUCUGGAUGUGAAGAUUGACCCCGAGGUCCAGAAGAUGAAGCAGCAGGACUGAGGGCAGAUCAAGGAACUUAACAACAAGUUUGCCUCCUUCAUUGACAAGGUGUGGUUCCUGGAGCAGCAGAACCAGGUGCUGCAGACCAAGUGGGUACUGCUGCAGCAGCUGGAUGUCAGCACCUACGCUGCCAGCCUGGAGCCCUUCUUUGAGAGCUACGUUAACAGCCUGUGGAGGCAGAUGGGCAAGUUGAUGGCAGAGAAAUCUGGUCAGGAAGCAGAGCUGAAGAACACCCAGGAUUCUGUGGAGGAAUACAGGAAGAAGUGAGUGACAGAAAUCAACAACCAGACAAAGGCUGAGAAUGACUUUGUGUUGCUUAAGAAGGAUGUCAACAGUAACUACUUGGUCAAGGUGGACCUCAGUGCCAAAGUAGAUGCCCUGCAGCAGGAGACUGAAUUCCUCCAAGUCCUGUACACUGCUGAGCUGGCUCAGGUGCAGCAGACACUCAAUAAGACCAAGGUGAUCCUGUUCAUGGACAACAACCGACACCUAGACCUGGAUGGCCUCAUCUCCGAGGUCUGAGCCCAAUAUGAGGAGAUCAUCCAGAAAAGCAUGACUGAGGCCGAGGCCCUGUACCAGAGAAAGUACCAGGAGCUCCAGGUCACUGCUGGGAGAAACGGUGAUAACCUCAAAGUGAUUUAGAUGGAGGUCAGUGAGCUGAACCAAGUCAUCCAGAGACUUCAAGCCAAAAUGACCAACCUCAAGAAACAGAGUAUUACCCUGCAAGAUGCUAUCUUGGAGGCAGAGCAGAAGGGUGAGGUGACACUUAAAAAUGCCCAGGAGAAGGUGGCUGAGGUGGAGGCUGUCCUGCACCAGACCAAGGAGGAGCUGGCCUGGCUGCUGCAUGACUACCAGGCACUGCUGGGAGCCAAGCUGUCCUUGGAUGUGGAGAUCACUACAUACCGCAAGCUGCUGGAGGGCGAGGAGACCAGGCUGUCUGGAGAAGUCACCAGCAACAUGAGCUACUGUAAGUAUCCAAGGGGAUUCUCCUUUGCUGGGCAGUCAGGCAUCAUUCUUCCUCUUCUCCUGAGCUGUGAUGUCAAGCACAACCUCCAUUUCUGGGGCAGCUGCAUCUGGCCUCAGCUCAGGGGGCAGAGUCUCUUAGAAGGGAGGCAGCUCCACCAGGAGAUCCAGCACACCAUCCAGUUCUGA